AUGAGCCCCUCCGAAGACGGCAAGAAAAGAUCGCAGGACGUCGCGAGCAUCUCGGGCUCUUCUACCAGCAGUGACGAUUCACACCGUCGUAGAAAACGCCGUGAGCGCAAGGAGAAGAAGAGAAAGAACGAAGAGGCCAGCGCCAGCACCGUCCCAACUGUCAAUGGCGCAAAGCACAAUGCUCUCGCUCAGCGUCGCAACAGCUUGGCUAAAGCUUCGCGAGACCCCCGCGAUGAGCCUCUCCCCAAGAAGCGCCGCGCAUCUGCUGUCCCAGAGGAGGGCGCAAUUGUGAAGCACCGAUCUCCCAGCCCUGUCAUUGAUUUCGAUGGUCUCAGCCGACCUAGUCGCGGAACCCGAGAGCGCCGAGAGGAGACGGAAGAGCAGCAGGCUGAGCGAUUGGAUCGCAUGCGAGGUGCUGUGCGCACUCUGCUUGAGUGCAUCGGCGAGGAUCCUGAUCGCGAGGGUCUACUUGACACACCUUCGCGUUACGCAAAGGCGCUUCUAUUCCUGACGAAGGGAUACCAGGUCAACGCGCAAGACAUUGUCAAUAAUGCUUUGUUCAGAGAAGGACACAGUGAGAUGGUUAUUGUCAAGGACAUUGAGGUUUUCUCCCUCUGCGAGCAUCAUCUCGUACCCUUCACUGGCAAGAUGUCCAUCGGUUACAUCCCUAACGAAACCGUCAUCGGCCUUUCCAAGCUUCCCCGAAUCGCCGAGAUGUUCGCCCGUCGCCUGCAAAUCCAGGAACGUCUGACCAAAGAAGUCGCUCAUGCCAUUAUGGAAAUCCUCAAGCCCCAGGGUGUUGCCGUCGUCAUGGAAUCGAGCCACUUGUGCAUGGUGAUGCGCGGUGUCGAAAAGACAACCACUAGCACAAUCACCAGCUGCGUCCUCGGCUGCUUCGAGCGCAAGUCCAAGACUCGCAACGAAUUCCUCAAUCUCAUCGGUAUCAACCGAUAA